UUGCACCAGACAACGGAGAGAGGAAGAGGCACUUUCGGUACUGCUUUUCGUGAUAGUUCGAUGCUAGCCGGUAACGCUAACAAGUAGUUAUUUUUUAUUGCUCUUGAUAGCUAUUAACUCAAAUUUCAAUUUAGCUACCAAACGAGACAUUGGCUUUGUUAUCCAGCUUGGGCGACUUUUGAUUGUUUACGAUGAGCUUCUUCUUUGGCCCUCGUGGAUCUAAGACUUUCAAGCCCAAGAAGAACAUCCCCGAGGGUUCCCAUCAGUAUGAGCUGCUGAAACAUGCUGAGGCAACGCUGGGCAGUGGAAACCUGAGGCAAGCUGUCAUGCUGCCAGAGGGAGAGGAUCUCAAUGAGUGGAUUGCUGUCAACACGGUGGAUUUUUUUAACCAGAUCAACAUGCUGUAUGGCACCAUCACAGAGUUCUGCACUGAGACCAGCUGCUCUGUGAUGUCUGCUGGACCAAGAUAUGAAUACCACUGGGCUGAUGGCACCAAUAUUAAGAAACCUAUCAAAUGCUCUGCGCCAAAGUACAUUGACUAUCUGAUGACCUGGGUGCAGGAUCAGCUGGACGAUGAGACUCUUUUCCCAUCCAAGAUUGGAGUUCCCUUUCCCAAGAACUUCAUGUCUGUGGCCAAAACCAUCUUAAAGCGCCUUUUCAGAGUUUAUGCUCACAUCUACCAUCAGCAUUUUGACUCUGUCAUGCAGCUGCAGGAAGAGGCUCACCUCAAUACAUCCUUCAAGCAUUUCAUUUUCUUCGUUCAGGAGUUCAACCUCAUUGACCGACGAGAACUUGCCCCUCUGCAGGACUUAAUUGAGAAGCUCGGAUCCAAGGACAGAUAGAUAUAUGAUCACAUUUCUACAUUCAACGUUUGGUUUCUCCCCUUGUCACGCUCUGACUGCUACCUCUUACUUCAUGUCUCAAACUUUAAAAUUUGUGCCUUGUUUUUCAUUUGUCACCAAUUUUUUGUGCUGUACUUUUCCUUUCAUCCCUUGUCUUUUGUUGAGCCAUUUUAAACCAUUUUCAUCACACGAGAUGAGAUAUCUAGUGUGCUUGGAUAUUGUUUCACAAAACUGUGGUUGAAUUUCAUUGGACCAAGAACAUUUGGAAGUUAAGAAAAAAACAUAUUUCCCUCCGCAUGUAAAAGUUGCUGUAUAGUUUGAGCAUUUUCCUUUUUCGUCAUGGAUAAGAAAUUUAGUUUGCUGUUGUGUUAAUUGACUACAAGCCCCAAUCCAAGAUUUUGUUGAACAACUUUUCAGGUUAUGGUGCAGGCGUGCAAUAAUACAGUAUGUGGCUUUACUGCAUUAGCUGGGUUUUGGUCUGUAGCUGCUCAUAUAUCUGAUAUUCAGCUUUUAUAAUAUUUUGUUUUUACAUGUGGGUUCAACUAAUUUAGAACAGACUAUGAUGACAUUUUGCUUAUUAAGAGAGGAGCAUGAGAUCCCCCUGUUGGUGUGCCCCCCCCCCCCCCCCCCAAAAAAAAAAAAACACUCCAAGUGCAUUUCUGUAGUUUCAUGGCAAUUAUAAGAUUGCCUUUUUUUGGCUGAGUUUUUAUUUUAUUUUUUUGCAUAUGAUUGAAUAGUUGAAUUUGUUAGCUUAUGCGCCUGGUAAAGAUUUUUUUUUAAAUUCAGGCAUGUUUUUCAAAAUUAUAGAUGUGAUGCUUUUAAUCUGUUUUGGAAUUGGUUUUAUAGAAAAAACAAAAAUGCAUGUGACUGGGAAAUGCAGUCUUGUGAAUUUGUUUUGCUGUCGUCUUAGUGAAUUAAGUUUUGGGUUAAUUGCACUGGUCAAAAAAAAAUAUUCUUGCAUGGACUUUGAGAACUGAUUUGGGGUAAUUUUGGGGUGCUGAAUCCCAAUCUGAGCUUAGAUUUCCUCUAUCACAUCAUGUUUUUUUGCAAUCGGUAUGUUCCGUAUUGAUGGAUUAUGCAAAGGUUGCUCAUUCACUCACGAGUUUGACACCACUAAUCAUGCACAAAAGCAGCUUCAGAAGCAUAGUUUUGAAACCAGGUUUGCGAAAUGUGAACAAAGAGCCGUAAUAUCAUUUAUGGCGCCAAAUAGGUGUGCAAGACUGCAGGUUUUGCUUCAGUGCUUGAUAGGUGAAAUAUGUUUUCAUAUCUCAAAAAUGUGAUGUGAUUAGCAAAAACUAACACCAGAUUCUGAUUCAGUGCCCCCGAAUUUCCCAGAAUCCAUUGGAAAAACUCCAUGCAAGAGAAAUCAUGUUGACCAGUGUUAUUUGUCUCACUCUGGAUAAUUGUUACUUCACUGUUAGUCACCCCUCACCCCCAAAUUGAGUGCAGAGCUGAAUAAUAGCUAUUUCCCCCAUGCCUAAGAAUGAGUCGUUUGUGUAUAUAUAUCUAUUUUAUAUAUAGAUUUAUUAUUGUUGCAUAUAUAGUUACCAAGUUUUUCCUGUGUUUAAUUCUGGCUAAGACAGCGGGGCUGUGUGCGUGCGUGCGUGUGUGCGUGCGAGCCUGUGAGCAAACAUUUCACAAAGUGAUGCAGGUUGGAUUUUCUUCCCUUACAUUUUGUAAGGUUCAUUUGGCAGGCUUUGAUCAAGAGACUUUGCUUGUCUUGUACUUUAUGCUAGACACAGAAUUCACAUCAGACAAUCAUGGAUAAUGUAAUCAAUCGACAAAACUGGCAAAUUGCAUAAUGCUCUCCAUGAACCAACAAAUGCAACUAAUUACAUUUUCUCAUGUACCAGUUUUUAAGGGAGGGUGUUUUCAUGCAAUACAAAGACACAGUCCCUGUACAAAGCAUACUUUAGCUUUUCAUUGUUGUUAUUUUUUUUGCUAAAAGGUUAAACAUACCAGGCUACUUGACACAGAAAAAACACUUUUAAAAUUUAAAGCAAAAGUGACAACAAAUUGCCACAGCAUAGAUGAAAAUGAAUGUAAAAUAGCAGGCAGAGAUACUCUCAUCCUUUAAUAUGACGCUGCAUCACUUGUGCGGUUGCUGAGCUUGAGAUGAGUGGGAGGGUAGCAUGGGGGUGGGGGGUGCUUUUCCAAGUCAAUUUGAGUCAGGUCACAGUAAUCUUUAUGAAAUGGGAACACUGUGGUACAGUGUGGUAGAUCUUAUUCAAGCAGUACAUCCUUAAAGGUGUUAUGAAUUAUAUUUUACACCUUAAUAAAGUUGUCACAAAGUAUUAUCCAUGAAAAUAUUUAGAUGUUUAAUGGUGUCCUGGCCGAGCCUGAAGCAGCACUCCCUUUGUGGUCUGAGCUUCUUUGUCCUCAAUUUACAUUCUCACUCUUGCCAUGUUUGUAUGUUUAGUGCAAAUAACACAAGAUGGCAAAGACUAUCCAGAAAUACUUGCAAAAAUUACAUUGGGAGGCUAAAAAUGCCUCUGACCAAGAACGUGGUUGGACUCCACAUACAGCUCACGUUUCCCACAUAUAAAGCGUUUACAACUGUUUUGAGUCCAACUGCUGAUCAUUAUGUUCAGUGCCGAGGGUGGAGGAGAGAGGUAUGAAGGCCAAGAAGGGAAGCUUUGUUUGCUUUCUGAAGUCUGGUGUCAGUGUGACAUCCAGUAGCAGAAAAACCAUUCAUACCACAUUUUCUAAAAACUGAGUGUGACUGCAGUAGAAUAGCGAGGGAAGACCUGAAUGACAACUCUGAAGGUGUUUAAACUAUGACUGAAGAUACUGAAUUGUUUGUCACUUCACAAGUCACAGCUUUAGCUGGAGUUAUUGUUUGAAACAAGACAUAAAAUCUACGCUUGAGGUUUCCAGUAGGCACAUGGAAGACUGAAGCUUAGAGUUCAUGUUCUUAUUAACAGCUGUAUUUAAUGCAGAUGGUGUUGUAGAGAUUUGUUGUCACUUUGAGGUGCAAGAGUACCAUAUGUUCCCUCCAUCACAAUAAUCUAUGAAUCAUACUAAGGUUAAUUCUGUUAAAUUUAUUUAUGUAGUGUGCAAGAUUAUAAAAAGUCACCACAAAGCACUUUGGUGACCAUGGUUUGGGGGGGGGGGGGGGGGUGCGGGGGAUAAUUCUAAUUUUGUUAGCGACCUGUUAUGUUGGUGGAGGUAUGUGGAUGUCUUUCCAUAGAUCCAUGAACCUUACAGUAUAUAGACACUGUACCUGGAACCAUGCUAUGUAAAAUAAUGUUUUCGUUCUUCGUGAUUUUUUUUUUUUUUUUUUUGGUUGGUUGGUAAUUAGUCAUAUGCAAAGAAGUCAGGCACAGAUCUGUUGUCAGUUUUACAAGACCACAUUAUUUUGAUAUUUGUGUUUUAUUUCUUUCAAGUCUGUUUUAAAGUGUUUGUAUGGAGUUACAUUUCAUAAAUCAAUUGUAGGCUUUAGUUUUAGAAUUAAUAAGCAACAAGGGCUUUGAAACUUUUUUACCAGGAGAAGAUGUGUCCAAACAUUUGCUGUAAAUAAGAUCAGUGUUUUAUCUGAACAAAACUGUGCCUUACCAAAAAAAAAAAAAAAAAAACUGUUAGAAUAGUAUUGGUAGAUUAAAACCACUGAAAUGACA